CCCUUUAGCUGUGUCUGCUAAAAAUGGCUCAAAAAAGGUUGGAGACAUUGCUAGGUCAUCUUAAACCUGAGGAAAGAGGGCCUCAGUUGACUCUAAAUCCUACGGCAGCUUCAACAGCAACCCUUACAUACCGGUAUACCACUCAAGAGAGUGCACGGGUCCUCACUCCUGAGCAAAGGCAGUUUUAUGAGGAUAAUGGUUUCCUAGUGGUUCGUCGUUUAGUGCCAGGAGAUAAACUGGAGGUGUUUCAUGAUCGUUUUAAGCAAAUCUGCAGGAAAGAAGUAGACGUACCUGGUUUGACCAUUAUGAAAGAUGUUGCUAUUGCCAAGUCAGAGUUUGACACAAAUGAGAGAGCUGUGACUAAGAUUCAAAACUUUCAACAUGAUCCUGUUCUAUCAAACUAUUGCAGUCUGCCUGAUAUAUUAAAGUAUGUUGAGUGUUUUACCGGCCCUGACAUAAUGGCCAUGCACACAAUGCUCAUUAACAAACCGCCAGAUCCUGGAUCAAAAACAAGUCGCCAUCCAUUACACCAAGAUUUAUAUUACUUUCCUUUCCGACCUGCUGACUCUAUCGUGUGCUCUUGGACUGCCAUGGAAAGAGUUAAUAGGCAAAAUGGUUGUUUGGUGGUCCUGCCUGGAACGCACAAAGGAGAAUUAUGGAAACAUGAUUAUCCUAAAUGGGAGGGAGGUGUCAAUAAAAUGUAUCAUGGUAUUGUGGACUAUACCGAAGGUAAUGAGCGUGUUCAUUUGGAAAUGGAAGCUGGUGACACAGUGUUCUUUCAUCCCAUUCUUAUCCAUGGCUCUGGAAUGAAUAGAACUAGUGGAUUUAGAAAAGCCAUAUCAUGUCACUAUGCUAGUUCACACUGUCAGUAUGUCUCUGUUGGAGGAACAGUCCAAGAAAAAAUUGCUAAAGAAGUUGAAGACAUUGCACAAAAGAAAUUAGGGCCAGAUGCUACAAUUACUUUUCAAGAUGCUUGGGCUAUCCGCUCCUUAUGUGUCAAAGGAAAUAGAGUUAACUUGUGAAAUUUUUGUGUGCUGUGUACUUUUAAAAUUAUUUAUUACUACCAUGUUACACAUCUAGAUAAAAUGUGUGCUGCAUAUUAUAAUAGACUAAAUAAUUAUUAUUCAUAGAGA